AUGUCUGCCUCUGCUCCCCUACACAUUCUGUUCACGAUUCAGUCUCUGUUUGCCCCUGCUGUCUGCGUUCAAAGGUACGCCAGUGCGAGCGAGAAGUUGGCCGAGGGCGGUAAGUUUGAUGAUAAGUCGGGCGUGACACUUGACAGUAAGUCGAAUAUGAUGUUCGACGACGAGGCUGAACUUCACAAUCACAUGGGCGGGAAGUUGAAUGAGAAGUCGGGCUGGACGCUUUAUUACGAGAAGUCACAGAGCCGCGUAACGACUUAUGAUUCGGCGGAGUGGCUCGCCUUGGGCAAAAUGAACAAGUUGGGCGUCACCCGGUACACUACCAACACCAUCACGAGGAAGAAGAGAGACAAUGGCAAAUUCUUCUGGGGCGACGCUGUCAACCGCGAGGGUGCUGAUUUCUAUUCUGGCGCGAAGGACCUCACAGAGUCCGUCUCAUGGGGUUGGCACCACCCGAGCAACCUUUACGGAACCAUCCCGGUUGGUAGCCCCCUCAUCGACGACGAAAUGAACAUUUACCUCGCCUCCGACGACGCCAUCAGGAAGUUUGACGUCAAUGGCACUCUCAUCUGGAGCUACGCCCCCCGAGGUCAACUCGCAGCGGCACCCACCCUCUCCACUGGCUGCGCCCCCCGCCAGUCGGCCGCUGUGGUGAUGGACAUCAGCGCCGAGGAGGAGGAGUCACUGCGGCCAGACUGGCUCAAGGGCAACGGCCUGGAGACGCAGCACCCCGUGCAGCUCCCCCGGGGCUUUGAGGUCGGCGACCGCGUGAGAGUAAAGGCCGGCGCGAGCUAUCGGGCAGACGGCAGGGAGCUCUACACGGCCGGCGAUGAGGGUCAGAUCACCAGCGUCGCCCCGAACAGUGAAGGCAAGUACGACAGAGCGGUGAUCAGGUGGACGCUCACCGGGCGCAAGAGCGCGGUUCAGUUCGAGGCCAUGAGCAAUCACUUCGUGCGCGUGGAGCAGAAGGUGGCCAGGUGCACCCCCAUGCUCAUCGGGAGCACCACCACGGGGACGGGUGGUCCUCCAUCGAGCACGCUUGCUACAUCGGGCUUUGUGUUCGCGAUCGACCUGUCGACCGGGUACGAAGUGUGGGCGCUGCAGGGCUCAUCUACGAUCGCGGGUGUUAAGGGGGCUUUAGCCUCCAAGAACGGGAUUGUUGUGGUCGCAACCAACCGUUGCAUUGACAGGUAUUGUUACAGGUAUCGCAACCAGACCAAUGUCUUCACGCCAGGCAAUACUGUUGUGCGGGGCCUCAACCCCGCAAGCGGCGUUGAGGUCUGGAGCUUCGUGCCCAACGCGCCCGUGUGGAACAUGAACCCGGUCUGGGGUCCAGAUGACACGGUCAUUUUCAACGACCAGGAGGGCAGCGUGUAUUGUCUGGAACUCUCGACUGGAAGCCUGGUGUGGAAGGGCGAUGGCGAACUAGGGACGUACACCGAGGCUGCUGCUAUAUACGACGCGGGCAACAACUUGGUGAUCGCCAUGGGCAUGCUGCAGUACGAUGCUCAUCUGCCGCAUCGGGCGCACAAUUCCGCAAUCCUGCAUUUUGGCCAUCAUGUGGAUUGCAAUCCUUAUGUAGCGCCUGGGAUCCUUCCUCACUGCGGAAACGCAGCCUUCAAGAAAGGCUUCGUCCGCGCCUACAACGCCACCUCUGGCCGGCUCCGUUGGGAGAGGGUGACGCCACAACCGCCAGCCAGCGCCGUCGUUGGCGGGCUCAACGUUCCCAGAUUCAAUACCCGCGUGGUGGUCACCUUGGGGCACAAUUGCGCACGCAACUCCCCUACCGCGAUCCUCAUCAUGGAUCCUCUCACAGGAGGCUACUUCUCGACGGAUGGUCCGACGCUGUGGACCAGCAUGUGUGCUGGCGACAAGGAAGGUGGCGACGUCCGCCGGGCCAUGGGCGGCCGUGCCGCGUGCAAUCCUGGCAGCUGGUCCGCACCUGUUGUCGACCGGGAUGGUGACGUGUACGUUGGCAACCAGGUCGGCGUGUAUCAGAGGUGGGGCGCACCCACCGGGUACGGGACGGGGCGCAGGGACUUCCAGUUGCUCUCGAGCUUGGUGACUGGCGUGGCCUUCCAGGACAUGGCCACGGCGCUCGCCGAUGGCCUGAUGGCCGUGGCCACGUGCACCUCCCUCAUCGUCUUCCAGACGGCGAGCUUCUCAGACCAGUUUGCGAACACGACCUGGACCUUCCCGCAGCACGGCUACACAGCAGGGUUCAAUGAGUCGUCGGCAGGCUAUUCACGAUGA